AAAAUAACUCACCCAAAAAACACAUAAAACACUUAUUUGGAAAUAAAAAAAACACUUCAAAUUCUGAAGCUUCACACACCCGGACAAUCAUGGCGGAAAGUGAAUAGAGCCAGCCGCCUGUAUAAAUUAUAUAAAUUAAUUAUUGAGGCUACUUUUCCUUUUUUCUUUUCAUUUCCCCCUUUCUGUUUGCUAUUUUGAAGGCGAAUUUUGAAUCAGAAGAGGAAAAAAAAACAAAAAAAACAGAGAAUUGAUGGCGAAGAGCGGCGUGGUUGAAGGGGACGAAGCCAUGGCGACGAAAGCCGCGGAGCUGAAGAAGGAGCUGCAGAAAUUAGCGAGGCUGAUCGCGGACGAUGAGGAUUCCAGUCCGGCGGCGAUCGAUCGAGCUCAGAAGGUUCUGCUUGCUCUCAAGGAAUUAAAGUUGAAGAAAUCCGUUCGUAGUGAUUGUGGUGGGAUUGUCGGUGUGCCGGCGCCGGAGGAGUUUAAGUGCCCGCUUUCGAAGGAGCUAAUGAGGGAUCCAGUGAUAAUUGCGUCCGGUCAGACCUUUGAUCGCCUCUUCAUCCAGAAAUGGUUAAGCUCAGGAAACAGAACAUGCCCCAAAACCCAGCAAGUCCUUUCCCACACCAUCCUCACACCCAACCACUUAAUCCGAGACUUAGUUUCCCAAUGGUGCGAAAAUCACGGCUUCAAACUGCCUGACUCGUUUUCCUCUAUAGACGACGAAGCCCCAACCGAAGCCGACAAAACCCAUUUCCUCUCCCUACUCGAAAAAAUAUCCUCUCCGUCCCCACCCAACCGUAAGGAGGCCGCUAAAGAGCUUCGCCUAUUAACCAAGAAAUCGCCUCCUUUCCGAGCCCUCUUUGGUGAGUCCCCCGACUCCAUACCCAAACUUCUAUCACCGCUCCUCGGGCCCAACACACGGGCCGCGGGCCCAACACUUCGUGAGGACGUGGUCACGACCCUUUUGAACCUCUCAAUCCACGACAACAACAAGAAGCUCGUGGCAGAAAAUCCCGACGCUGUGCCCCUCCUUGUCGAGUCCUUGAAACCUGGUAACACGAUAGAGACAAGGGCAAAUUCGUCCGCGGCCCUUUUCACCCUCUCGGCCCUCGACCCGAACAAGGUCUUGAUCGGCCGGUCGGGCGCGUUCGAGCCCUUGAUCGAGCUUCUUGACGAGGGCCACCCGUUGGCCGUGCACGAUGUUGCCUCCGCUAUCUUCAAUUUGUGUAUCGUUCAUGAGAACAAGUCGAGGGCGGUUAAAUGUGGCGCGGUUCGCGUGAUUAUGAGGAAAAUUAUGGACGGAGUGCAUGUGGAUGAGUUAUUGUCGAUUGUUGCCAUGUUGUCGACGAGCCAAAGGGCGAUUGAGGAAAUUGUCGAGCUCGGUGGGGUUUCUUGCUUGCUCGGGAUUAUUCGGGAGAGCUCGUGCGCGCGCAAUAAGGAGAAUUGUGUUGCGAUUUUGUACGCUAUUUGUUGUGGUGAUCGAUCUCAGUUGAGAGAGAUUAGGGAGGAGGAGAAAAGGCGUGGCACAAUAUCUUGGCUUGCUCAAAACGGGACCUCACGGGCCCGGAGGAAGGCGAGUGGGAUUCUCGAGAGGAUGAAUAGGGCUUUCGACGUUACUCAUACGGCGUGAAAGAAAGUCGGAGGCAACUCUUUGUCGACGUAUUUGUAUAUUCUUCUUCUUCUCCGCCGCUUGUUUUCAUGAACAUGUGUUAGGUGUGUUUGAUAGUUUGUAAUCUUCUGUGCAGUAAGUAAUGGCUUAUUGUAGAUUUUGAAGUUGUGUUUAUAGGAAGAUUGAAUGUUCUUUUUUUGGCCUCUUCUGUUCUGGUACAUGAUAGAAAGGUAAAAUGUGUAGGAAUUGCUAAGCUUGUCUCAUCCAUAAAAUGAAGUUUGUCUUAUACAGAGUACUCUGUAUCUGUAUAUGCUAAGUUCUCAAGUGACUUUUUUCAAUCUUACUUCAAAAUUUUGGAUUGUCAAUUUUGUGAUUUACUCUCAAGAGACACAAAAACAGUUGCAGAGCACAGAUAUGAGAGGAUGCAAACAUAAUUG